AACAGAAAGCUCGACGCAGCUCUCCAGGACUAAAUCCAGCUCCCCUUUCUCUCUUUUCCGUCGCAGUUUGCAACACUUUCCCCUCCAGAUGCUUCACAACCACAGGAAUUAACGUCUCAUCUCUUUAUCCUCGUUGAUUGAGUCCUUUAGACUGUUUCCCCUCCGCUGGACCGAGCCAACAGGUGGUGGAGAUGAUGUGGAGCGGAGCGACGCUGCUGCUGCUGCUGCUGGCGACCUGCUGCCGCGUCGUGUCGGCGCAGGAGCUGCCGACCAACGGGGUGAACGGAUACAGCCUGCACCCGCCCUACUUCAACCUGGCCGAGGGCACCAAGAUCACCGCCACGGCGACCUGCGGGGAGGAGGACACCGGCAGGACCGUGCAGGACCUGUACUGCAAGCUGGUCGGAGGCCCGGUGUCCGGAGACCCGAGCCAGACCAUCCAGGGCCAGUACUGUGACAUCUGCAGCCAGGGCGACAGCGACCGCGCCCACCCCAUCACCAACGCCAUCGACGGGACGGAGCGCUGGUGGCAGAGCCCGCCGCUGUCCCGCAGCACCGAGUACAACGAGGUCAACGUCACGCUGGACCUGGGACAGGUCUUCCACGUUGCUUACGUGUUGAUCAAGUUCGCCAACUCUCCCCGCCCUGACCUCUGGGUUCUGGAGCGGUCCACGGACUUCGGGCAGACCUAUCAGCCCUGGCAGUACUUCGCCUCCUCUAAGAGGGACUGUAUCGAGCGGUUCGGACAGAGCACCAUCGAGAGGAUCAACACCGACAACGACAUCAUCUGCACCACCGAAUACUCCCGGAUCGUCCCGCUGGAGAACGGAGAGAUCGUGGUGUCCCUGGUGAAUGGGCGGCCCGGGGCCAUGAACUUCUCCUAUUCCCCGGUGCUCAGGGACUUCACCAAGGCCACCAACAUCCGGCUGCGCUUCCUGAGAACCAACACACUGCUGGGACACCUGAUGGGCAAGGCCCUGAGGGACCCCACCGUCACCCGCAGGUAUUACUACAGUAUCAAAGACAUCAGCAUCGGAGGACGCUGUGUGUGUAACGGACACGCCGAGGCCUGCAACGCCAAGGACCCCACAGACCCUUACAAGCUGCAGUGCGACUGUCAGCACAACACCUGUGGCCUGUCAUGUGACCAGUGUUGCCCCGGAUAUAACCAGCUGCCAUGGAAACCAGCCACGACCUACAGCGCCAACGAGUGUGAACCGUGUAACUGUAACCGUCACUCGUUCGACUGUUACUACGACCCCGAGGUGGACCAGAGGAGAGGCAGCGUGGACGCUCACGGACACCACCGAGGAGGAGGAGUCUGCCUCAACUGUCAGCAUCACACCACGGGAGUGAACUGUGAGCGAUGCAUCCCCACAUACUACCGCUCCCCUGAACACACCAUGGAGUCCCCGCUGGCCUGCUCUCCCUGUGACUGUCAGUCUCAGUUCACAGACGGGACCUGUGAGGAUCUGACUGGACGCUGCUUCUGCAAACCAAACUACAGCGGAGAGAACUGUGACUCCUGCGCCAGCGGCUUCCUCAACUUCCCCGACUGUUACCCCAUCCCCACCUAUCCUUCCAACAAUAACAACGGAGAGGCCAAACCUGCCGGAGAGAUCAUCAACUGUGAGUGCAGUGCCGCGGGGACGGUGGAUAAUUCGUGCAGACCGGAUCCUCGGACUCGGACCUGCAUCUGUAAACACGGCUUCACCGGAGACCACUGCGACACCUGUGCCCUGGGCUUCUACGGACUCAACUGUCAGGCCUGUCAGUGUUCAGGUCCUGGCUGUCUGGACGGAUCCUGUGACUAUGUGACGGGUCACAGUGUGUGUCGUGGAGGUUUUGAGGGUUCUCAGUGUGACCAGUGCGCUCCGGGAUACUUCAACUACCCGCUCUGCCAACUGUGCGGCUGCAGCUCUGUCGGCUCUCUGCCUGAAGGCUGUGAUGUGUCCGGUCGCUGUCUCUGUAAACCAGAGUUCCAGGGUCCUCGAUGUGAACAGUGCAGGUCUGGAUUCCACUCUUACCCCAACUGUCAAGUGUGCACCUGUGAUCCUCGCACCUCAUUGGACACCAGCUGCACAGCAUCAGGUCUCUGCCACUGCCAGCCGAACUACAGCGGUGCGUCAUGUGACCAGUGCGCUCCCGGUUACUAUGGUUACCCGAGCUGCACACAGUGCCACUGCUCUGCUGAAGGCUCGCGCUACACCAGCUGUGACCAGCUGACGGGACAAUGUGUGUGUCUGCCCAACGUGGCCGGGCUGAGGUGUGACAGCUGUGCACACGGCGCCUACGGCUUCCCCCACUGCCAAGCUGGGACCUGCCACCCUGCUGGCUCUGUGCAGUACGUGGUGCCUCCACCAGUAGGUCAGUGUGAGUGCCGUCAGCAUGUGGAGGGUCCAGCCUGUGACAGAUGUAAACCUCUGUACUGGAGCCUCUCCACCGACACGCCUGAUGGCUGCACCAACUGUGAGUGUAACAUCGCAGGGACUGUGAGCGGGGUGGCAGAGUGUGCACAGGAGAGUGGUCAGUGCCACUGUAAACCCAACGCCUGCAGUGGGACCUGCUCCACCUGUAAAGAUGGAUACUACAACCUGCAGGAGCAAAACUACUUCGGCUGUCAGGGCUGUCAGUGUGACAUCGGGGGCUCAGCAGGUCAGUCUUGUGGAGAGAGGAACGGUCGUUGUCGCUGCAGGCCGAACAUCGAGGGGCCCAAGUGUAACCUCCCUCGUCCCGAUCAUUACUUCCCAGACCUUCAUCACCUGAAGUUUGAGAUCGAGGAGGGGACGGUGCUGGACGGACGGCCGGUCCGCUUCGGCUAUAACCAGCUGGAGUUCCCAGAGUUCAGCUGGAGAGGCUACGCUCAGAUGUCCCCCAUCCAGGCCAAAGUCUUGGUUUCGGUGUCUCUCAGCUCUCCGGACCUUUUCCACGUGGUGCUGCGCUACGUGAACCGGGGGGGCUCUGACGUCCGGGGCAGGGUGUCGGUGAUGGAGGACUGGAGCUACUACUGUGGUAACUGUUCAGAGCAGUCCAAACAGAUCGUGUUUUCUCCUAGUGUGGAGCCGACUUUCGUCAACGUUCCCCAGAACAACUUUGUGGAGCCGUUCGUUCUGAACCCAGGAACCUGGACUGUUGUGAUCGAGGCUGAGGGGAUCCUGCUGGACUACCUGGUGCUGCUGCCCAGUUCGUACUAUGAAGCUCCCAUCCUGCAGAUCAAAGUGACAGAGCCCUGCAGCUACAGCUCUGUGACCGACAGCAGCCACAACUGUCUGCAGUACAGGUAUCUGUCCCUCGACUCGUUCCCGUCCAUCUCCGCUAACGACGCCAGUUGCCGUAACGACAACCACCUGCCGCGCCCCUGCCCCACGGAGAAGGUGACCCCGCGGCACCCGGACAUGGCCGUCUGCAGUGGAUACGAUAUCAGCGUGGAGCUGCGCAGCCAUCUGCCGUCUGCAGGUGACUACGCUCUGGUGGUUGAAUACUCCAGUGAGGAGGAGCAGCCACAAACUCUGUCUGUAGCUGUCAACAUGCCCGGAGCACGCAAACACCAGCACCGCCUCCAGCUGGUGCACUGCAAAUAUAGCUUCCUGUGUCGGGUCGUGGCCAUCGAUGAGCAGAACAGAGUGUCGGUCUUCUCUCUUCCAGCUGACUUCGAGAUCCAGCUCGUCUCUGAGCGCGCCAGCUUCUUCCUGCACAAAGUGUUCCUGGUGCCUGCAGCCCAGUUCUCCAUGGAGUACGUAGAACCUAAAGUCCACUGCAUCAGCACUCACGGACUCUUCUCCCCUGACAGCUCCUCCUGCGUCCCCUCUCGUUUCCAGACCCCGUCCAGCUCCCUGGUCCUGAAGGAGGGCCAGAGCUCCUCCAUGCAGGAGUUGGUCCUGGCCGCCCCCCCUCUGCCCCCCCAGCACCAGAGAGACGAGCCGGCCUGGAGUGGAGACAGACCGCCGCACGCCGCCGACCACAGCGAGCAUGUCAGGCUGGACGCUCUGCAGAAUGCCGCGGUGUACUCGACACGUGUGCACGCCCUCGGCCGCUACGUCUUCAUCCUGCACUACCACCAGCCGCUGCACCCCACCUACCCGGUCCAGGUCUACAUCAACGGGGGGCGGAUCUGGCAGGGCCACGCCAACGCCUCCUUCUGCCCGCAUGCCUACGGCUGCAGGAACGUGCUGGUCUCUGAGAACCAGAUCAUCCUGGACGUGACUGACCACGAGGUCUUCCUCACCGUGCAGAUCCCUGCUGACAAGACGCUGUGGCUGGACUACGUGCUGGUGGUGCCCGAGCCUAGCUACAGCUCCAGCUACCUGAACGAGGAACCUCUGGACAAAUCCUACGACUUCAUCAGCAGCUGUGGCCAGAACAGCUUCCACAUCAGUCCGUCCUCAGCCUCUCCAUUCUGCCUCGGUUCGGCCGUGUCUCUGUCUGCGUUCUUCAACAACGGGGCGAUGCCGUGUGCUUGCCAUGAGGUCGGCGCCGACAGCGACACCUGUGAGGCGUUCGGCGGUCAGUGCCGCUGCCGGCCCAACGUCAUCGGACGCGACUGCUCCAUGUGCGCCACCGGCUACUGGGGCUUCCCCAACUGCAGGCCCUGUAACUGUGGCACGCGACUGUGUGAGCCUGUGACCGGAGACUGUAUCUGCCCUCCGAGGACCGUGCUACCUGAGUGCACACAGUGUGAGCCGCAGACGUUUGGCUGCCACCCGGUGGUCGGCUGUGAGGUCUGCAACUGCUCCCGGCCCGGUGUCCUCUCCCCCGACGUCAACUGUGACAACCUGAGCGGACAGUGCAGAUGUAAAGACAACGUGGUCGGCCGUCAGUGUGACCGAUGCGCUCCCGGUUUCUAUGGUUACCCAAACUGCAGACCGUGUGACUGCAACGAUGCGGGAACAGAAGAGGAAGUGUGUGACUCCUUCACCGGACAGUGUCUCUGCAAGGAGAACGUUCAGGGGUCCCGUUGUGAUCAGUGCAGAGUCGGGACGUUCCACCUGGACCCAACCAACCCAAAGGGCUGCACCAGCUGCUUCUGCUUUGGAGCCACAGACCGCUGCCGCAGCUCCGACAAGAGACGCACAGAAGUGAUGGACAUGGAGGGCUGGGUGCUGCUGGGAGCAGACAGACAGGAGGUCCCGGUCACAGUGUACCCGGGUCAGGACCUGGUGGAGGCGGACCUCAGCGAUGUCCCCGACGUCUACCAGGACCUGCACUGGCACGCCCCCAAGACCUACCUGGGAGACAAGGUCUCGUCCUACGGAGGUUACCUGAGGUAUCGUCUCCACACUCAGACCAUGAGAGGAGACGUGCUGUCUCUCCCUGCAGAGGCCUCCAGACCUGACAUCAUUCUCAAGGGCAACCAGAUGACUCUCGUGUUCAUGGAGAGAGAGUACUCGUCUCCUGAGGAGCCUCACCUGGGAUACGUCCACAUCGUCGAGGGGAGUUUCCGUCACGCUCAGACGGGUAACUCUGUGUCCCGGGAGGAGCUGAUGAUGGUCCUGGUGUCUCUGGAGUCUCUGCAGAUCCGAGCGCUUCACUCUCAGUCGGCCCACUCCGUCUCGCUGCGUGGCGCUGUGCUGGAGGCGGCCGAGAGUCUCCCCGCCGGUCGCCAUGCCAACAACGUGGAGAUCUGCAUGUGUCCCGCCAACUACCUGGGGGACUCGUGUCAGAAAUGCGCCCCCGGUUUCUACAGAGACACCAUUGGUCUGUUUCUGGGGAAAUGUGUCCCGUGUCACUGUAACGGACACUCUGACCGCUGCCUGGACGGCUCCGGGGUCUGUCUGAACUGCCAGCACAACACGGCCGGGGACCACUGUGAGACCUGCCAGGGUGGUUUCCUUGGCAACAACAGUCUUGACGGACAGGCGGUCUCGUGCUCCAGCUGUCCCUGUCCCCUCAGGGUCCCGUCCAACAAUUUUGCAGAAGGUUGUCUGCAGAAGAAUGAGAGGAUGCAGUGUCUGUGUAUGCCGGGGUACGCCGGGCCACACUGUGAGAGGUGUGCUCCCGGUUACUACGGCAACCCCAUGGUGCUGGGCAGCAGGUGCCAGCUGUGUCAUUGCCAUGGCAACACGGACCCCAACAUGCUGUUCACCGACUGCCACCCACUGACUGGAGAGUGUCUGAGCUGCAUGCACCACACGGGCGGCACGCACUGCAAUGUCUGCGCUGCCGGUUACCACGGAGACGCCGUGCACGCCAAGAACUGCACCAAGUGUAACUGCUUGCCAUGCGGCACCGAGUCAUGUGACCAUCACACCGGAGAGUGUCGCUGUAAACCCGGAGUCACCGGACCAACCUGCGACCGCUGUGAGGACGGCUCGUUCGGCUUCGACUCGUGCUCCGGCUGCCGGCGCUGUGACUGUGAGGCGUCUGCAGCUCUGGUGCAGCCCUGCGACCCUCAGAGUGGUCAGUGUGCCUGCAGACCUGGAGUCAACGGGCCCAGCUGCAAACAGUGUGCUCCGGGACACUGGGACUACGGACCGGAGGGGUGCAAGAAGUGCGAGUGUAAGGGCGGCCGCUGCGACCCGCGCUCUGGAGAGUGCCGCUGUCCUGACGGGAUGACGGGGAAACAGUGUGACAGCUGCUCACACAGAUACAACGUUCCUGUAGAGAAGGAGCACGGCAUGCACUGUGAACCGUGUGACAGCUGUGUGAUCGUGCUUCUGGAGGAUCUGGAUAAGAUGAGUGAUAACUUCCGCUCGGUGUCUCGUCAGCUGGGCAGCCUGAACGCCAGCUCCAUGGCCUGGGCCCAGCUCCAAAACCUCAACCACUCCGUGGAGGACCUGGCUAGGGCCAUAGUGAACUACAACAGCUCUCUGGACGACAGCCGGAGCCGAGCCGACAUGCUGGAGGCCGAGAUCGUUAAUAUCAAUGACGACAUCAACGUGCUGCAGAACAAGGCUAACGUGACAUCCAACAAGGUGUUUGACCUGCGGGACAUGACCACCAACACACACCAGAGAGCUGAAGACCUGCUGUCCUUCAUCAAUAACGUCACCAUGGAGAUACACGACAUCUUGAUGAUGGCGAACCGCUCCUCUCUGAACGACACAGAGGUGGAGCAGGACGACGAGGAGCGGGAGAGGAAGAUUCGGCAGGUUCAGGCCAUGCUGAGGGAGAUGAGGAUCAGGAGCUGCACGGGACAGAAGAAGGUGGCCGACAGAGAGAAGACAGAGGCUCAGAAGUUGUUGGACCGUGUGAACAAGGAGUUGGCUGGUCGUCACGGAGAAAACGACGACCUGGCGAAGGCGAUCAGAGACCGUCUGUCCCGAUUCCACUCUGAGAUGAUGGACCUGAGAGACGCUCUGAACGAAGCUGUGAACAACACGGCCAGAGCUGCAGAGAUCAACAACGCCAACCAGAAAACACUGGAGGACAAUAAGAGGAGGAUAGAGGAGCUGCAGGUGAAGCAGAAGGAGGUGAACGAGCAGCUGAACAUGGCUGAAGACGACGUGGCGCAGGUCAACGACGUGCUGUCCAUGCUGCACGACUCCAAAGAGGAAUACGAGCGUCUGGCGGCUCAGCUGGACGGCGCCAGGUCUCCUCUGGCGAAGAAGGUUCAGGACUUUGCUUGGGUGGACUCUAAGAUCCCUCUGGUGGAGGAGGCAGAGAAACACGCAGCACUGCUCGACGUUUUGGCCCAAAACCUCACCAGUUUGGUUGAAGAAGCGAAGAAAGAAGGAUUUGUGGACGUGACUCAGGCUUACAACAAGAUCAUCAACAGCAUCAAAGAGGCCGAGGACGCCGCCAAGACCGCUGAGAGGGCAGCGAACACCACGCUGGAGAACAUAAAGAAGAAGGACCUUGGUUACCAGGCCGACACUCUGAGGAACCACAGCAUCGAGCUGCAGAGCGAAGUGGAGAAGCUCAACGAGGAGCUUGUCAACGAGCUGAAGCCGCAGCUGGAAAAUGCUCAGAAGAGACUUGAAGACGCCAAAACCAAACAGGCCGACGUGAUGAAGAACCUGCAGACAGUUCAGAACAACCUCAACUUCACCUCAAAUGUGAGCUCUGAGAUCAACGAGGCGAAGCGAGUGGCCGACUUGGCGAACACGACGGCCUCACAGGUGAACGAUGCGCUGCGACCAAUCAAAGAACAGCUGGACAAAUGGACGCAGACGUACGGAGACGCCAACACGACCAGCGACGACAUCAACAACGCCCUGAUGGAGGCCAACAAGACCGUUCACGUCCUGGGGGAGACCAUCCCUCUGCUCAUGAAGAAGCUGGACAAGCUGCAGAACCACUCGGCUCAGAUGCCGAACAUAUCCGAGAACAUCAGCCGCAUCCGGCAGCUCAUCCAGCAGGCCCGCAACGCCGCCAGCAAGGUGAGCGUGCCCGUGAAGUUCACCGGCUCGUCUGGCGUGCAGGUGCGUACUCCGCCCAACCUGGCCGACAUGGCGGCCUACACCAACCUGAAGUUCUACAUCACGCUGCCGGAGGGGGCGAGGAACCGGCGGCAGGACAACAGCGAUCAGCAGUUUGUCUUCUACCUCGGCAACAAGGACUCCAGUAAGGAGUUCCUGGGCAUGGCGCUGGUGGGGAAGCGGCUGCGCUGGUUCUUUAAUAUCGGAGGAGAAACGGCUGAGGUUCUGAUGAAUGAAGACGUGAAGGCUGAUGGAAACUUCAACAGCGUCAUGCUGGAAAGGAUCCUGCAGUACGGCCAGAUGUCCAUGUCCUCAGAGGCCACUGAGGGGGACCAGAGAGUCACCAAAGCCUACGUGGAGGCGGGAGGGGACCAGGGGCUGCUCAGCCUCCUCACCGCAGACACCGUCUUCUACGUGGGAGGAUACCCGAGCACCUUCAAACCGCCCUCACAGCUCGCUCUGGCCAACUUUAAGGGCUGCAUCGAGCUGGACACGCUCAACGAGGAGGUGCUCAGUCUGUACAACUUUGAGAACAUUUUCCACCUCAACACCACAGAGGACAAACCCUGUGGCAGGUCCAAGCCGGUGCUGGCUCAGGCCUGGGUCAAUGACGCCGCGUACUUCGACGGUACCGGCUUCGCUGAGGUCACCUUUGCCGACGAAGCGACUCGCCUGCAGCGAUUCGAACAGGAAGUCAAAGUUCUCUCACACAACGGGAUCCUGCUGCUGCUGCACAACCAGGCUCAGUUCCUGUGCCUGGCGGUUCUUCAGGGCAGACUGAAGGUGUUCUACGACUUCAGUGGUGAUCUGGUGGAGCUCACGCCCAAAGAGCCGACGUCCCCCUUCCUGAAGAUCAGCGACGCCGACCCCAAAACUCUGGAGAUCAUCAUCCUGCGCUCCCACAACCGUCUGGUGGUUCGCUCCAACCGCAACAACCUGUACCUGCAGGAUUUGGCUGAGAGCAUCCCCCCGCUCAGCGGAUCCUACUACCUGGGAGGAGUCCCCGAUGGCAAGAUGCCAGACAAGUUGAAGUCUCUGUUCCAGAAGCAGGGCUCUCUGAAGGGCUGCUUCAGGAACGUGAAGGCUCAGAGCUCUCACAUCGACCUGAAGAGGAUGACGAGCUCCGGAGUCAGCUUCGGCUGCGACAGCGACCUGCUGGUGGCUCGUGAGGCUCACUUCUCCGGUCAGAGCUACCUGGACGUGUCUCUGACUAACAUCCCGACCCUCAGGAACAACUUCUAUGCCAGCUUCAGCUUCAGGACGGAGCAGAAGGACGGACUCAUGUUCUACCACCAGGACAAGGACGGAGUGUGUCAGGUGUUUUUGAACGAGGGUCACGUGGUGGUGAGAGCCGGCAACGCUGAGAUCAAGACGCUGAAGACGUACAACGACGACAACAGUCACUACGUGGCGAUCUACAACAACAUCAACGGGAUGCGUCUGUACAUGGACGACGUGCUGGAGAAAGGGAAGGAGGGGCUCCGGGUGGACAGCAGGGGGCGCUCUGCAGCCUCCUCGCUGGGUGGCACCUACCUGGGAGGAACGCCUCACCAGGGCCUCAGCAACCUGACUGGCUGCAUCAGCAAUGUCUUCAUCAAGAGGGAGACGAACCCUCAGAUGGUUCUGAAUCUGCUGAAAGCCAAAGAGAACGUGAACGUUCCUCUGAACUGUCCUGCUGCCAAGAAACCUCAAGAGAUCAUCGCUGCCCCAACCAAACACAGCAGCAAGAACAAGGGGAAGCACAAGAAGCCGUCAGGUUCUCGCAGCAGGAACACGAGGGAGUUGUGUCAGAGCGAGCUGUCAGACCGCGAGCCCGGAGCGACGCACUUCAGCGGUUCCACACACAGCUACCAGAGAUACGACUCGCUGCCCAGCGCGCUCAGCUCCACGCCUCACAUCUCUCUGGCGGUGCGUAUUAACUCCUCUGAUGGUCUGGUGUUAUACGCGGCCGGCGGGCAGCACGGCGCCGCUGUGAUGUCACUCAGCGUGUCAGACGGCCACCUGCUGCUGCUGCUGGACGGAGGGAAGAGGAAGGUCAGCCUGCGCAGCCGCAAGAAGUACAAUGACGAGCAGUGGCACACGGUGUUUAUAAAGCGUGGGGGAGAGAAGAUCAGUCUGGUCGUGGACGGGAUCAGCGUUCAGUCCAAGAGGAUCCCCGGAGGAGAGAGGACCCGACUCACCGGGCCGCUGUACAUCGGAGGAAUCCCGCCCACUCUGACCGCUCCGGGCUCCGGUGGAUUCGUCGGCUGUGCCCGGGACCUGACGCUGAACAAGGCGCCUGCAGGAAGCCCCGCCCAAAGCCAGGGGGCGGUGCCUUGCUUCCAGAACACUCUGCAGCCUGGAGCAUACUUCUCCGGAAAGGGAGGACACGUCGCCAUAGACGAGUCCCUGGUUCUGGGUCGGGAUCUGGAGAUCCAGCUGGAGGUUCGGCCCGUCUCUGACUCUGGGCUGCUGUUGCAUGCUGGGACGUCAGCUGAGCAGCACCUGACUCUGAUCCUCAGCCAGGGAGAGGUGAUUGUUUCAGUGAACAGCGGUAAAGGUGAAUUCUCGACCUCUUUCACUCCUGAUGAGCCUCUCUGUAACGGACGCUGGCACUCCAUCUCAGUGGUGAAGAAGAACAACGCCCUGCAGCUCCAUGUCAAUGCAGCCAGCGAGCACAGCGACGGCCCCAAACAGACUCGCUCCACAGGGGCCAAAGACACCGUGUACCUCGGAGGGGCCCCAGAUGGCGUCCCCAUCCCCGGUCUCCCCACCGGCCUGCCCGUCUUCCAUGGCUGCAUCCGCCGAGCGACCAUCAACCACAGACCGGCCAUGCUGUCAAAACCGCUCGCUGUGCACGGCGCCGUGGGGACACAGGGCUGCCCACACAUGUAACACACACACACACAGUCUUAUCCUCACAUUCCCCGACUACAAAUUACUGGUGGUGGGCGUCAUGUUACUGUAGCUAAUUUAAAAUAUAUAUAUUAAUAUUUAUUUUCUAUUUUCAGAAAAAUGUAUAUUUUAUAUUUUCCAGUUUGGUUUGCUUUUGUGCUACAGGGUGCUAUAAUAUAACAGCUGUCUGCAGAGAUGCACUGAUACAAACACUGCUGCAGGAUAUCCACUCCACAACGUGUAGUAUAUUGCAAAUAAAGGCACAAAUCGGCUCGAUUCU